CAGGCCCUUAUAGCAGCUUUGCUAGCAGCAACCGCGGACGCCGUUGCACAGCGGCUGCUGGGUGCACGGCGGCUGGCGUUGCGGCGGUGCGCCCUCAUGAGCCUAUACGGGAUGUUGUGGUAUGGGCCCAGCAACCACAUCUGGCAGCGCCUGCUGGUCCGCAUCUUCCGCAGCUUCCAGCCAGGCCUGCUGCAGCACGUUCAAGUGGUGGCGCAGCGGGUGGCGCUGGACCAGCUGACCUACGCUCCUGUCAACAACACCCUGAUGAUCACUUAUGUGGCGCUGGUGGCAGACCGGCUGGGCUGGGCGGCAGCGCGAGCCAAAGUGCGAGCCGAGCUGCCCGCGGUGCAGCUGCGCGGCUGGCGCUUCUGGCCAUGCAUACAGGCGGUCAACCAGUUCCUGGUGCCGCUGCGGUUCCGGGUGCUGUGCAACAGCGCGGCGGCGGUGUGCUGGACGGCCUUUGUCAUCACGCGAGCCCGCUCG